CCAGAGGAGGAGCAUGAAGAAAAAGAUGAUUCCUUAAUGGACAUUAUAUAUCAUUUUACCUGUCGUUGUUAAGUGAACUUAGGGCGAGAAUUCAAUAGUUUGUUAUCGGAUAUUACAACAUUGCUUGUCUAUAAAACAUCGCUGCCUUUUGGCUUACUAUCCUACGGUCAAGAAAGAUCAAAGAUAUAAUCGAAAACAUCAGAACAUUCUUUCUCCCUUUCAGCGUGGGAGACAUUUUCAAUCAAAUUAAUAGUCGUGAACAACGAUUUGCAAUUGAAGAAAAGCCAGGGAAGCAGAGAAGAAGGAAAGGAGAACAUGGGCAUUCGAAGGGAUUCCCCCAAGAAUUCUCCAAAAGCAUCACCAAAGAAGAAAACUACCCUUAAGCACCUCUUUGAUCUAGAUUCCAAGCCUCACAUUGAAAGUGACCUUUCUACUCCGAGCAUUGGUAGGCAAUCUCGAUUUGACUCCGAAUAUGAAGAAAUCCUGUCUGCUAUCUCUUAUUGCAACUUCCUUUUCACUUUCACUGAUCCUCUGGAGUCCCCUUCACAACAAGAUCUUAAGCGGCUCAAGCUUUUCCAAGUUCUCACUUUGAUCAAAUCUUCCAAGAAGCCAUUGCAUGAACAACUUCUGUCACCUAUUUUGUCCAUGGUGUCUGCCAAUCUGUUCAGGCCACUCCCUCCACCUUCCAAUACUUCCACUUUCUCUGACUUGCCUGAUGAUGAAGAAACUCUUUCCACUUUUGCAACAGCAUGGCCACACUUGCAAAUUGUUUAUGAUAUUCUCCUUAGGCUUGUUCUCAAUAUAGAUCCCAAGACACUUCGAAAUUACAUUGAUAACCAUUUCAUUCUCAACCUUCUCUUCCUCUUUCAGUCUGAAGACCCCAGAGAAAGAGAGAGCUUAAAGAAUAUUUUCCAUCGGAUGUAUUCGAGAUUCACCUUCCAUAGAUCAUUCAUGAGAAAAGCAGUUAACGAUGUCUUUUUGUACCAUGUUUUCGAGAAUGAAAAGCAUUGUGGAAUUGGUGAGCUGCUUGAGAUAUGCGGAAGCAUCAUCAAUGGCUUUGCGGUUCCAUUAAAGGAGGAGCACAAGCUCUUCUUGAUGAGAGUGCUUCUUCCAUUGCACAAGGCCAAGGGUUUGCAGGUUUACCAUAAGCAGCUAGCUUAUUGCGUUUCUCAGUUUGUGCAGAAAGAGCCGGCACUUGGGGGAGUGGUGGUUAGAGGGAUUCUAAGAUACUGGCCAGUUACCAAUUGUCAAAAAGAAGUUCUACUUAUAGGGGAAUUGGAGGAGCUGGUGGAGAAUAUAGAUCCUGAUCAGUACAGGACGUUAGCUCUGCCUUUGUGCACCCAAAUAGCAAGGUGUUUGAACAGUUGCAACUCACAGGUUGCAGAGAGAGCAUUGUAUGUAUGGAACAACGAGCAGUUCGUGAAGAUGGCAUCAGCAGCAAUGGAAGAUGUGUUUCCUGUGGUAGUUGAAGGCAUGGAGAAGAACCUAAAGCAGCACUGGAGCAAGAGUGUAAAGCAAUUAACAGAAAAUGUGAAGGCCAUGUUGGAAGAAAUGGAUCCAACUCUAUACGACAGGUGCUUCCAAGAAAUCGAACACCGAGAAUCCGAAGCUCGCCAAGAGGAAAUGAAGAGGAAACAGAAAUGGGACAGAAUAGAAAUGGCAGCUGCAAAGCAGAAUAAGUUCCUCCAACCAUCAAAACAUACAUGUGUCUCUUCUCAUUGAGUAGU